UAGAGAGCACCUGCUAUCUAAAAAUCUACACAUACUCUCAUGUGUGAGGCAUUAAGAGAGACACAAACACCAUCUAUUCUAUAUAUUAUAUAAUAUAUAUUGUUUUUAUAUAUGCAUUAUGUUUGUAUCUGUAGACAAACACAGAGAAUCAUCUUAUAUAUAAUCAUAUAUUAUAAAUAUGUAUGUAGAGCCACCACAUAUAUCAUAUAUAUAUAUAUACACACACUCACUAUCUGACUAACUUCAUUCCCCUAGAGUCAUUUUUAGCGCACUUUCUUACGCAUAUAUAUUCAUAUUUAAAGUGCACUUUUUUGGUGGGGUUAUGAAAUAUGUCCCACAAAUGUAUGAAAUCUGAUAUAAAGCUCACUACCAUGCCUCCCUGUUGAAAAGAUCAUCCAUAAUAUUCUUAUUAUUAUGUAUAUAUAUAAAUAAAUACAUAAUAAUAAGAAUAAGAAGUCUUUUCUUCAUUGGAGGAAAAUAUUGUUUUGGCAUUGACUUUACAAACAAACAAACAAACAAGAAUCUUAAAUGUGGGUGUUGGCCUCUCUUUACAGUGGAAUUUUCAGACAUCAUUAUAUAAUAUAGUUCAAAAUCAAUCCCCUUUUUUUAUUUUCAUUUUUUAAUUGUGCUGCCUUUUCCCAGGUCACUUAUUGGCUCUUAUUACCAUCAUCAUGGGUCCUAUUCAUAAUCAUCAUUCUCUAGGAUAUAUCAUUAAUAUUCAAUGGCAUAAAUUUCUGACUCCAUAAUGAGAUUGAAAUAAUGGUUUUUUAAUAAAUAAAUAAAUAAAAGAAAUGUGAUAAUAUGUUUGUUGCAAAUGGACCAUGGCUAGUGUUGUAUCAUUAGUUGGCCCCCCCUUUUUUUUCCAAGUCCAUCUGUAGAAGACCCUUUUUGCUCCCAAUCUUGAUGGCAUAUAACACAUGCUUUUGUAUGCCUUUGUGUCAAGUUGCUUCUAAUAAUAAUAAUAAUAAUAAUUAUUAUUAUAUAUCUUUAUGUUGCAAUCAAGAUUGCAAGAUAAAUAUUUUCCAUGGGUUGGAUUUUUUCUUUUAAAUCGAGACUCAUGGGCUACGGUCUGAUUACGUACAUCACUUGUAAAGAGUUGAGAUUGCAAAUUGCAAUACUUAUAACGGUGUACUUCAUGUUAUACACGACUAAGUACACCAAAUUAUAUUAUUAUUAUUAUUAUCAUUCGUUGACACAAAAAUACAUACAUCCAUGUAUUGAUGUGUGAACGAAACAUAGAUCUUCCAUGAGUUCACUCAAGCUUAAUAAGCUUACAAGUAGUGAAUUCAUAGUGCAAUCUAGACUUUACCCACUUAUAACUCACUAGGAUAGCUCUUAUUGAAGUGACUUAUGCUUAUAAGCUUAUAAGUUAUAAGCAGUAAUUUCUCAAUAAUUUGUGGAAUUAUUGGCGCUAUACAGAACUUGUGUCUGUAUAUAGAGAGAGAGGAGAAAUGUAGUUUGUGAAAAGAUUGAAGCCGCGUUAGGUGUCGGCGCAUUAUUGGCAGUGCCGAUCGACAUUUCGUAGAAUCUCAUGUAAAAUCAAACCAAUGUGGUUUCGAUAACGUUAAACAUCAACGGCUUUGAGGGGCCUAAGUGUCAACACCAUAUUGAUUUAAGCACAUAAUUUUUUUCCUUGUCAUUUGGUGAAUUUGUUGUGGUUAGAAAUCAACCAACAUGAUUUCACUAUCUUCAUUAAUUUACACGUGGACUUAUAGGAAAAAAAAUAUUUCAUUUUCAGAGUUUAAUGAUUCGAAACUUAUUUAUCAAAGGAUAGAAAAACAAAAUUUUAAAUACCAGAGGGGUUUCACAGAAAUUACAAAGAUUAUUUAUUGCUCCUGCAAUUUCUUGCACAGCUUUUGCUCUACGGAUAAUGGGCCCUUACUUUGAGGUUUUUUGGACUCUUUCAAAAUUACAAAACAGUACUACUAAUAUGACUCACUCAAGUAAAACCAGCAAGGGCAUUCUAGACAUUUCCAAAUGGAGGAUUUACUUUGUAAAGAGCAAAAGGUCCAGACCACGCGUACUGGACUACUGGCACCUUCUUCUAUCUAUAGGCAAAGGCAAAUUAGCAUAAACAAGCAACACCCUUCCCGUUCCCCACGUGCCACUCCCCAAUACCACCACAGCCCGCACGUACCAGCCACUGACGUCAGCACUUCGCGAAACCAAGAAAGCCACCGCACGUGAACUACAGUGCUCUCACGUGCCGAGCAGAGUUGAAUUUUUCCGGUCAGUGAAUAAAUUAUCCUGUACCCCAAGUAAAAAUAAUUCUUUUUAUUUUUUUAUUACUAAUUCAUUGUUUAUAUUUUAAUCACUUCCCUCCGUACAAUGUUUGUUUAAAUAUCCCCCAGCGACCAUUUUUUCCAACCAUCUCUCUCUCUCUCUCUACUCUUUCUCUCUCCUAAACACACACACAGAGCUGUAGCUCUGUAAGCCAUACUGUUCCUACUUCCUACUACUAUCGUCUCCAUUCUCUCCGAUCGUACGGAAACCCUAAUCAGCUGUUAAUAUAUAUAUACUCCCACACACAAUAUAUAUACAUUCCUGAAAAUUCGUGGGCUUUUGAGAAUUUGUCUCACUGUUUACUUAGUGUGAAUAUUUGACUUUGUUUCUAUCCUUUUGUCACUGUUCAAACAUUCCCAUUUUCCAUUCUUCGAAUCUGAUUCUUCCAGAGAAACAAGAAAAGUCAAAAAAAUCGAUUUUACAUGAAAUACAAUCUUCGUCCAUAAAAAAAAAUGUUAGAAGAAUCCCGCCGGAAUUCCGAGGAGUUGAUUUCCGACGGAUUGUUCUACUCCAGCAAAAUUAGUUCGAUGAGCAGUGACACGACUACUGUGAGCCAUUGCACCAGCUUCAGCCGCUUGUCGUUCGAUCUUCCGACGAGUUCGCCGGAGCAGCAGGCGGCGCUGAGGCCGCACCGCUCGUCGGAUUCCUCGUUCCAGGCCAUUCGGUCCAAGGCGAACUUGACGUUCCGCGACUUCAGCCUGGUGCGGCAGAUCGGCAGCGGUGACAUUGGCCGGGUCUACUUAUGCCGCCUCCGCGCCUCGGCGGAGGAGGGGCGGCUGUACGCCAUGAAAGUGGUGGACAAUGAGGUGUUGGCUUUCAAGAAGAAGACACGGCGGGCGGAGACGGAGAGGAAAAUCAUGAGGCUUCUGGACCACCCGUUUUUGCCCACUCUUUACGCAGAGUUCGAGGCGUCGAAUUUCUCUUGUGUGGUGAUGGAGUACUGCUCCGGCGGCGAUUUGCAUUCUCUCCGGCAUAAGCAGCCGCAGAAACGGUUCUCUCUCAGCUCCGCUAGGUUUUACGCAGCAGAGGUUUUGGUUGCUCUGGAAUAUCUCCACAUGUUAGGAAUAAUCUACAGAGAUUUAAAGCCCGAAAACGUGCUAGUCCGAUCCGAUGGUCACAUUAUGCUCACCGACUUCGAUCUCUCCCUUUGCUCUGACGCAAUCCCAGCCGUCGAAUACCCCAACUUCUCGCCGGACCCACUUUCCUCCCCGAAAUCACCCAACUCCUCCUCACUCACCCCAUUCUCGUGUCUUUUUCGGUCGAAGAAAAUCCAGUCUCUGGCCACUAACCGCCUCUUCGUGGCGGAGCCAGUCUCCGCCAGGUCGUGCUCCUUUGUUGGGACGCACGAGUAUGUGGCGCCCGAGGUGGCGUCGGGUGGGUCCCACGGCAACGCCGUCGACUGGUGGGCCUUCGGCAUCUUUAUCUACGAGAUGGUCUAUGGGCGGACCCCAUUCGCCGGACCUACUAACGAGGCCACACUACGUGGCAUCGCGAAGCGGCCGCUCACAUUCCCCAGUGACGUGCCGCCGUGUGGCGGUGCGUCGGAAAUGCACGCGCGGGAUUUGAUCACCCGUUUGCUGAAUAAGGACCCGAAUAGGAGGCUCGGGUCGAAGCGCGGGUCGGCGGAGGUGAAGACCCACCCGUUUUUCAAAGGGUUGAAUUUUGCGCUGAUCCGAUCCGUUACGCCUCCGAUUCUUCCGGUUGUUCGGACGCAGAAGGUGGCUGCGUCGUUUGGUGUCUUCUGAUUUAAUUUUAAGAUAAAUAUAAAUGAAUUUAAUUAACAUAAUAUAUAUAUGACUGUUUUGUACUAUGUAUAGAUAGGUUGCGGCGAUAUAAAACGGUUUUCACGUAAUUAUUGUCUCGUAAUAGUUUGGUUUUACUAGGAAUGACGACGAUCGAGUCGAGACAAAAAACAUUUGGAUUAGGUAGAAAAUGUGUGUUUUUAGAUUAUGGUUAGAGGGAAAUGCUCUGUUUCACCCCACUUUUAAGUGGUGUUUGCAAACGCUUUGAUUAUGAGCUUUUUUUGUUUCAAAAUUAGAUUUUUUUAAACAUUAAAUACUCAUAAUCACUUUGGAAAAAACGUUUACAAACACCACUUUA